UUUUUUAUUAAUAUAAUUGAGACAAGGCCGAAUGAACUGAAGGGUAAACUAUGUACUAUGGAGGGAAAUAUAACGUUGAUUCUCAAUGAAAAUCGAAUAGAAGUCAUUAAGGAAAAACUUGCAUCCAGGAGCUGUUAUUUUGCGUCGCUUUUCUCACACAAUUUUAACGAUUCACAUAGUAACGAACAUGUUAUCAACUAUAACGUUACCUUUUGUACUUUACAGAAUUUUGUGGAAUGGAUUCACGAUGACGAAACACCUGUAUACAUGCACUAUAGUCCUGUCAAAGUUUCCAUGAUAAAAUUUAUAAAAAAUAAUUUUACGGAAUUAUUAAGUUUAUUACAAUUAAGUUUGUUGUUUAUGGCUGAUGAUUUAACAAACGAUGUUACAGACAUUAUAAUUUCUCAUUGGCUCUUACCAGAGAAAAUAAUUGAUAUAUGGCUUUUGGCUCAAGAAUUGAGUAUAAAAGCGUUACAAGAUAUUUGUCUCUCAAUUUGUUUAGAUCGUUUUGAAGAGUUGCCUGUACAUUCGCUUACCGAAUUAACCAAAGAUAAUAUUACUCGUUUAAUUACAAACGUAAACAUAAGAUCUUCUACCGAGUACCUGAAGUUUGUAAGAGACGAAUGGAAAAUGUACCACGGGACAACGGACAUUGCAGAAAUAAAAGAUAAAAGCCAAUUGAAGUUUAUACGAGGCAGUGUCGUUUGUAAUACACAAGAAUCUGUCGUUAAGGAUAUAUUUUUAUAUACCUGGAAUGGUGACAAUUUAAGCAAAUGCGUUCGAUUAAAAAAUAUAGGAGACUCAGGAAACUUAAUAAUCGGGAUGCAAAUAGCUGGUAGAGGUUUCAACAUUUAUACAAUUGGAGGAGAAAUGGGAUUGGGAACUGGGAAAUUUAACGACAUUAUUUGGCGUUAUUGUCUUUUAUCUAAAAAGUGGUAUUACCAAGCACGUUUACCUGUUCCCAGGAGGCAUAUGGUUGCCGUAUUUCUGAAGGACAAAUUAGUUGUAGUAGGUGGCGUAGGGAGGCAUAGAUUGAAAUUGUUAACAGUCGACAUUCUACACAUUCACACGGGUAAUUGGACAAAAUCUGCAAGUAUAAUUCCUGAAAGCUUUACCGAAGUUCCUCCAUAUUGUGUUCUAAAUGGAAAGUUAUUUUUAUUAAAAUCAUCCCUUUAUAUUUAUUCCGUAGAAACAAACUAUUGGGAUACUAUAGCAAUCAAUAAUCCUGCUAUACGAAGCAUAGCGUUUCUUACACCUGAUACAACGUUAUUUUUGAUCGGCGAUCAUUCUGGUGAAACGAUCCUAUCAAAAAUCGACAUUAAGGAGACAGUUUGUCAGGAAGAAAGCUGCACGAAAGAGUGCGCGAGACAUAAUAUUAUAAAUAUUAUGAACAUUGCACACGAAGAUUACUAUCGAAUAAGGUAUGCGCGCGUCAUUGAUAUCGACAUGAUAAUAUUGGACAACGAUCGUGACGAAAAAUAUCAAUAUCUGCAUGUACAUAGACAGGUAAGGAAGGAUUUUGAAAAUUUGUCGAUUCCCAAACUGGGAUGUAUUAAUAUUAUCGAUCCUGCUACAUUGUACGAUACCGUGUAAUUUUAAAAUUAAUGCGAAAGAAAAUAUUUGAUAAAGUUUAA